UAUGCGGGAUAACAUGUGUCUGCUUCUCUUUCUGUUGGUUGUGGGACUAACUUAUCUACAAGCUGCUGUACCCCAAAACAAGCGGCAAGGAAUGUUCGGUCUGUGUCAAGGGUGGGGAGCCGGUUGUUCAAUGAACUAUCGUUCUCAGAAUCGGAGUCAUUCAAAAUCGUCUACGUCAAACCCGGCGCCUAAUUCCAGAAGCUCGAGAUACAGCGUUCCUUCCUACUUGUUUACAUCAGGUAGUUCAUGGAAUCCUAUAGGAAAGAGGUCGACCUGGUACACAGAUAUAGCAUUUCUACGGAGCCCCCUCGUCUCACUUCUUAACCUAAAAAAGCCCAAAGAGAAUCGUCAGUAUGCGUUGAGAUACCCGCUAGUCUUCCGAUCAAAACAACCUGUCCAUUGACCAACUAAACGGAAGGUUAUAAGCACCGCUGGAAUUGCUCAAUCAAAGUAAUCUUGAAAGACAUCCAUCACAAUAGACUAAAAGUCUAAAACGACCAAACUGAAAAAAGGAACACAACACACAUCUUGACCAUGUUUUCAUGCAAACAAUGCCAAUAGAAACUUGGAUCAACUGUUCUCUUUAGCAUUUUGAAAGAAUCCGGAAUUCAUAUAGGACACAAAAGUCACUCUAUGUGUGAGCAGUUUUAACUUGAUGUAUUAUAUAGUGUAAUCCCUGAAGCUGAGAUACGUUGUUAGUGUAGCCUGUAACACUACGAGACACAAGUUAUCUGAAACCUCACACAAUGUAUACCGGUAUGUACCGUGUAGUUACUGAACCCUCACAAUGUAUACCAGUAUGUACCGUGUAGUUACUGAAUGGACUACCUAAUACAGAAAUAUAAAAACAAUGGUGUAGUAGGAAAUAUAUGUGAUAGGAUUUAUGUUUAGAAAUCUGUACAUAAGAUUCGUAAAUGCUCAAUGUGGACCAGAAAUGAACAAACAUUUUUGUAUUAAUGUUUUUCAUUACAACAGUUAUAGGUAGUCCGGAUAAUUAAA